AUGGCGUCCCCACGCGAAGAAAACGUUUACAUGGCGAAACUGGCCGAGCAAGCCGAACGCUACGAAGAAAUGGUAGAAUUCAUGGAGAAAGUCGUCGGCGCGUGCAGCACCACCGACGACGAACUCACCGUCGAAGAACGCAACCUUCUCUCCGUCGCCUACAAAAACGUGAUCGGAGCAAGACGUGCAUCUUGGCGUAUAAUCUCAUCAAUCGAACAGAAAGAGGAAAGUCGUGGUAACGAAGAACACGUGGCGUCAAUUAAGACGUACAGAUCUCAGAUCGAAACUGAAUUAACUUCGAUCUGUAAUGGUAUACUUAAGUUACUUGAUUCGAAAUUGAUUGGUAUGGCUGGUAAUGGUGAUUCGAAGGUGUUUUAUUUGAAAAUGAAGGGAGAUUAUUUUAGGUAUUUAGCUGAGUUUAAAACUGGUGCUGAAAGGAAAGAAGCUGCUGAGAAUACUCUUUCAGCUUACAAAGCUGCUCAGGAUAUCGCUAAUGGAGAAUUAGCCCCUACACAUCCGAUCCGAUUGGGGCUAGCUCUCAAUUUCUCAGUGUUUUACUACGAGAUAUUGAAUUCUCCUGAUCGUGCUUGUAAUCUCGCCAAACAGGCCUUUGAUGAGGCAAUUGCGGAGCUUGAUACCCUUGGAGAGGAGUCCUACAAGGACAGCACUUUGAUUAUGCAACUUCUGCGUGAUAACCUCACUCUGUGGACCUCGGAUAUGCAGGAUGAUGGAACCGAUGAGAUCAAAGAACCAUCAAAAGCAGAUGAGCAGCAGUAAUGUGAGUGAAACCUCUUUGCUUAGGAUUGAAAAUCGAUGAAGUAACUUUGCUCAUUGAUCAAAUUGACUGUUUGUAGACCUAAAUCCCGUGAUUUGUAAUACCUAAAGGCACUGUUUCUUGCCAUUUGUUGUUUUCAGCAAAGAUUACUUUUUGUCUCAGUAUUUCUCUUGUAUUUGGAUGCUUCGAUCGUGGAAUGGAUUUUUAUUUUUACGAAGCAAAUAGCACUUUGUAUUUAA